AUGGCUGAGGAGGUUUUAAUUCCAUCAUCGGGGAAAACCACAUCGCACCUGACCGGCUCUCUUUUGGCAGUGGCAUUCCUCACCUCCUUCGGGAGCUCUAUGCUUUAUGGCUACAAUCUGGCUGUGGUCAACUCCCCUGCUGUGUAUAUAAAAGACUUCUACAAUAAGACAGUUGUGAAUCGUAAUGGAACAGGGCUAAGUGAGGAGACCCUGACCCUCAUGUACUCUCUCACUGUGUCUGUCUUCGCUAUUGGAGGAUUGCUUGGCUCCGUCAUAGUGGGCAUGCUGGUCACUCGCUUUGGCAGGAAAGGCACAGUGGUAAAUACAACAAUCCUGGUGUUUAUUGCUAGCUCACUCAUGGGCUUCAGCAGGAUUUGUGGUUCUCCUGAGAUGGUCAUCUUUGGACGCUUCAUCACAGGAAUUCACUCAGGGAUUUCUCUAAGUGUAGUACCGAUGUACCUGGGUGAGAUUGCUCCUAAGAACCUCCGAGGCUUCCUGGGUCUUGUGCCAAGUAUCUUUAUUGGCACUGGAGUCUUCGCUGCCCAGAUCCUUGGUCUACAUGAGCUGCUAGGAAAGGAGGAAAACUGGCCCCUGUUUCUCUCUGUGGUGGUGGUACCCACCUUCAUCCAGUUGAUGCUGUUGCCGUGGUUCCCAGAAAGCCCCAGGUACCUGCUGAUUGAGAAGCACAAUGUCCACGCCACCAUCACAGCUCUGAAGUGGUACAGGACCAAGUGUAACAUCCAGGCUGAGAUUGAGGAGAUGCAGGAAGAGCAGCGCUCCCUGUCAUCCAUGGAGACGCUGUCAGUAUGGAAACUGCUGCUAGAUGACACAGUCCGCUGGCAGGUGCUCAGCGUGGUGGUCAUCAACAUCGGCAUGCAACUGUCUGGCAUCGAUGCUAUCUGGUUCUACACCAAUGACAUAUUUAAUAAUGCAGGAAUCCCUGCACCAGAGAUCCAAUACACCACAGCAGGCACAGGAAUAAUAGAAAUCAUCGCUGGACUCAUUGGGUGUUUCACCAUAGAGAAGCUGGGCAGGAGGCCUCUCAUGAUUGGGGGUUUCGCUAUGAUGGGUAUCUGCAGUGGUGGAAUCACAUUAUCCCUAAUUUUACAGGCUCACCUAUCAUUUAUGCGCUACAUCAGUGUCUGCUGUGUGGUCGGCAUCAUCGCUGGCUUCUGCAUUGGUCCAGCGGGUGUUCCCUUCCUGAUCACAGCGGAGCUGUUCAAACAGUCCCACCGCCCAGCAGCCUACAUCGUAGGAGGAUCACUCAACUGGCUGUCCAAUUUCACAGUGGGCUUCGUCUUCCCCUUCUUACAGAAGUCAGCUGGGUCAUACUGCUACUUAGUGUUUGGCAGCAUUUGUCUGUCUGUGGCCGUCUAUGUCUACAUUGUCAUCCCUGAAACCAAAAACAAGACCUUCAUGGAGAUCAGCCGGAUCUUCUCUAAGAAGGAGGCCAUUCUAGAGACCCAGGGCCUGAUCCACGUUGACCAGCUGAAGCUAAAGAAGAUCAACGGCUAUGGCGGCCUGGAACACACUUCACUGGAGUUCGACAGUUCUUCUUCUGUUCCUUAAUGAAGGUUCAGGUUCUCGCUGGGACUGCAGAUCCAGAUUUUACACAUGAACCAAACACUUAUUCUGGUCGGGUAAAGCUGGACAUUUCACUUAGAUCAUACUCAGGUUCAAAACAUUGCUGAAUAAACAGCACAGUAUGUGGUUCUUAUAUGUGCAACUUCUUAUCAAUUUCAUAUUUUAGUCAGCCUAAGCUAUUGAAGCAAAGCUUGGAACUUUGGAGCUGUCCUUUAUGUCAGUAAUAAAAAUGCUGUAUUCUCCAAGGUAAUUGUUGAGAUCUGGGAACAUGGGAACAUCACUGUAAAAAAGUUCACUGGGUCAAGAAACCAGAGCAGUCAGUUGAUCAGACUUAUAAACAUCCAGCUUAGUCCAACAUAUUUAAAAGAGAAAACACUUAAUUUGCAGUUGACAGACCCUGGAAUGAGGGCUGUAACUAAUGAUUACUUUAUUUUCUAAAUGUAUCAAUUUAUUGUUUGGUCUAUAAAUUGUAGUAAAAGAAAGUGGUGAAAAAUACCCAUUACAGAUUCCUAAAGCCUGUGGUGAUUAUUUCAAAUGUCUUGCUUUGUUUUAUCAAGUGUCCAAAACUUAAACACAUUCAUUUUACUAUCACAUAAGACAAAGAAAAGUGGUAAAUAAUCACAAUUAAGAUGCUCAAUAAGUGCAAUCCCCAGCUCCUCCAGUCUACAUGUCCAUGUGUCCAAGAUACUUAACCCCAGAUUUCUCCUGAUGGCUGCACCAACGGUGUGUAAAUGUGUGUGAAUGGGUAAAUAUGACAUUUAGUGUAAAUGCGCUUUGAGUGGUCAACAUUUUUUUUUUUUUUAAAGUGCUAUAUAAGUAUAAAGCAUUUACCAUUUUUUACUUGACAAAUUGCUUAAACAUUUAGUUGAUUUAAGUUAGCAUAAUAUUUGACUAAUCAAUGACUUGUUUCAGCUCUAAACACUUUCAGGCUGACCUCUCAGUGGUUUACAUCAUUUGUUUCCCACCUGUCUGAUCAUAUAAUUGGUCAUGUUUUUCUUGACCAGUCAGACUUGUUUUAGUGAUGUCAUCAUGUUCCCAGAUUUCAAUGAUUAAGUGCACCAUAUAUCUGGCACA